UUCCUCAGAGCUGAAAACUUAGACAAUCACCUGUUCGUUGUCAGAUCAAUUCCAAAAAUAAGAAUAAAGAAUCAUUUUUUCUUUUAAAAUUAAACAUUUCCCUCUUUCACACGGAAAUGACGUUGUAAUACUAAUAAGUUAUUUGCUUCGUUGAACCAACUUUUCUUUUUUUUUUUUUUCUAUUUUUUUAGUUUCAUUUUUUUGAAUUUAAAGUUCAGGUUUGGAUCUAAAUGCAGAGGAUUUGCUGGCUUUGAUAAGUUUUUAUAGAUCCAAAAAACUAUGGUGAUGAAAGAGAGAGACGAAGAGCUAGCUUUGUUCCUGGAAAUGAGGAGACGAGAGAAGGAGAAAGAGAAGAACAAUCUUCUCUCGCUCAAUAACUCUGAAGAACAGCUCAAUCUUCCUUUAGGAUCUAACGUCAACGGAAACAACGGCGGCGGCGGCGGAGGUUCUCCGGUAGCAAAGAUUGUCUCGGCGCUGCCUGUACGAAAGACUGCGGCGGAGAAUUUUUUGAAUUCGGAGAAUGAAAAGUCUGAUUAUGAUUGGCUUCUUACUCCGCCUGGUACACCACUAUUUCCCUCUUUGGAAAUGGAAUCACAGAAGACUCUAAUGAGCCAGCUUGGGAUGUCUAAUGCUCGUCCGGUCGCAUUGAAAACGAGGCUGGCAAAUCUCCCAGAGGAACCUGCUUCGAAGAGCACUCUUGCGUUAAAGCAACAAAAUCCAUCAGCUGGAGUAAACUCUUCCAACACAACUAAAAGGCCAUCCUCUUCAGGGGGUCCGAAAUCUGCUAUUAGACCUGCAACACCUACUGGCCGGUCAACACUUCCCACAGCAACCAAGCCUUCAAGGUCUUCUACACCUACAUCACGAGCCAACCUGCCUUCCGUAAAUCCUGCUGCGUCUACAGUGAGGUCCUCAACUCCGACAAGAUCCACUGCACGUUCUUUGACACCAACUGCUAGACCCUCAUUGCCUGCUUCCAUGUCAACAUCAAGAUCAUCUACGCCAACACGUCGACCAGCUUCCUCGUCUGGCGCACUUACUGCAACUGCACCUUCCGGUCGAUCGUCUUCUGUAACGAGAUCUGCUCAUACCACAUCUUCAGUACCAAAAUCAGCUUCACUCACUUCACUUAUGAAAUCAGCUCCUGCUUCAACUGUUACAAAAUCAGUGCCUACCGCAUCAUCCAUAACAAAACCAGCUUCCACUACAACAAAAAGUUCAGUACCAUCACGGGGCACAUCGCCAACCGUAAAGUCUAGGCCUUGGAAACCAUCUGAGAUGCCUGGAUUUUCACUUGAAACACCGCCAAAUUUAAGGACUUCGUUGCCAGAAAGACCAUCAUCUACCUCACGGGGGAGGCCAGGAGCUCCCGGUGCUAGAUCAUCUUCUGUUGAGGCCAAUUCUAAUGGAAGACCAAGACGCCAGUCCUGCUCACCUGCUAGAAGUAGGGCAUCAAGCGGCAGUAUCGGUAAUGUGAGCUCCAUUCGUUCUUUGCGUAGAGCAGAUCCUAAUGGUAGUGACAGUGAGAGUCCAGUAGUGAUCGGAACAAAGAUGGUUGAGAGAGUGGUAAAUAUGAGGAAGCUGGCACCCCCUAAACAAGACGACUAUCAUCGUAAUAACCCUACUGCAAAAUUAUCUACAUCCCUCGACAGCUCAGGAUUUGGAAGAACACUCUCCAAAAAGUCUCUAGAUAUGGCUAUGAGGCACAUGGAUAUCAGGCGAACUAUUUCAGGUAAUCAGCGUCCGCUUAUGACAAAUGUUCCAGCUUCCUCUAUAUAUAGUGUGAGAUCAGGAUCCACAAGGAGCAGGACUGUAAGUGUUUCUGAUUCUCCACUUGCCACGAGCAGCACUGCCAGCUCCGAGCCAAGUGUAAACAACAAUUCCUUCUUUAUCGACGGGAGUGAAAUAGACGACAAUGAUAUCAGUAGCGAGAGAGGAAUCUCGUCCCCAACCAGCCAGCGUGCCGGCUGACAGAGGGAAACAAUUUCGUCCGAAUGUAUAUCGAUUUUACGGGAAAGCUCAGUCAGAAUGACGAUGAAGAAACAACCUGUUUCUUAAAGAAGCUGAUAUUUAAGGGAGCAUUUCAAAUGGCUGUAAUCUGUAGUACCUGUAGGUAAGUACUUCAGUGCAUUAAUGUAAGAAUGAGAUUAGAUUUUGAG